GGGAUGUGAUAUAUAAUGCGUUGUACCCAUUGGCGGCACCAGAUGUUAUAUUUGGGGCAGAAGAUGAAAAAUUUCGACCCUAUAAAGCUAUUGGUGAUGCUAGUGACUCGAAGUCAUUGAAGAAUCCACUUACUGACUGGAAUAAUAGAGACCCAACUCGUCUCUUCUCUCUGGUUCUGCAGCUCAGGGAGUUGUACAAGGCAUACCAAAAGAAGAGAGUUGAAGAAGUUGAUGAUGAUAGGUUGAAGUUUGAAAUCAGCACAAUGCUGUCGAGAGAGGGUAUUGAAAUGUCUUUGAGUUCAAACAUUGAUAAGCCAGAAGAGGUUAAAUUUGCUGUCCCGCUGCUGGAUUUGGAUUUAAACAAAAUGGUUGCUGGAUCCACUUGGCGCCAUCAGCAGAAGAUAUACCUACAGGUUAUAUAUCCAGUUGGCAGGAAAUACUCCAGUGCUCCUUCUGCCCCACGUUUGAAAUUGGUUUCUUCUCCUGAAUUGAGGGCUGUGUUCUCAAUCGAUGAUUUCAGACUUCCAUCAUGGUUGGAUGGAAUGUGCAUGGCCGAGUACCUCCCAAAUUUAGAAGAUAUGCUUGAAUCACAAAUUAAAGAUGCAGUUUCAUCCAUUGAAAGUAGAAGGAAGCUCAUUAUGGCAUUAGCUCCUCUAUUUGGAAGGCCAGUGGAAGCCGAUCCAGUUUUCUGCCGGAAGGCGACCUUUCUAUCCUCCUCUGGAGUAUUUACUUUUAUGGUUCAUGUUGCCAUCCCACUUCAGUUCCCCAAACAGCAGCCAAGUUUGAUUCUCCAGAGUUCCCAGCACUUUAAUUCUCAAGGUCUUCCCAUCAAGUCUCCUGUCACUACUGAAUAUCCAUGGAGUCCCAGAUGGGAAACAUCAGACAUGGCUGAGCGGAUCUUCGAUUUCAUAGUGGAUGAAUGCUUGAAUUUCAAGAAAUACUGCAAUGAAUCUUUCGUUCAAAAUCGAUGAAAGCAGCCGUUACAAGAGUUGUUGUUUGUUCUAUAUUUUGGUGAUAUUCCUGUAUUCAAGUCUUUAGCUGUUCAUCUAUAUGUUUCUGGAUGUGCAGAAAAAAGACCCCCUAAAAGGACCUAACAGCUUUCUAAUUGCUUACUCUAUAUGCUUUUCUAAUUUCUAUUUUGAUAACAUUUUCUUUGGUUCUGGCUUCUUGUGUUAUUAAUGAUAUUCAUGACAAAAAUUUUGUGUGAUA